UGCCAUGCAUGCAAGCUGCAUGCAUGACCCAGAGUCCAAACUCUACACAAACAUUGUAAGCAUUGAUGGCCGAGGGUGUGCGUGUGGCAUUGAACCUCUAAAAAAAUGGCGAAGUUAAGUCGUUACACGACACUGGUACUAGGAAUAUUGCAGAUUUAUGUACGGUCGUCUGCAGAAGAUUGUCAAAGUUAUGUGUUUAUCAGCCCCGGCAACAUAACGUGCAGCAACGGAAUAAUGCAAGGAGAAUUGAACUCGCAAUAUGUCGCAGAGUGCGUGUCGCACUCUAGUUCCAUGUCGACAAACCUGACGUGGUUUGUCGGGGGUGUCGAGCAGAACACGAAACACCAGAUUUCGAACUCGCCCGACGGACAGAACUUGCAUAUGACGGUUUCGCAUUUGAACUUUGUUAUCACGUCAAAGAACGACACCGUGUUUGAAUGCUGUGGUGCCUCUGCCGACAAUGAGACGAAUUGUAGAGGGAAUGUCUGUGCGAGCUGUCGGCUGGACGUGUUGUAUCCAGCGGAGUUUUCCUUAACCCAGUCGAAACCGAGCCCCUUCCAAGAAGGAGACGACGUCGUGCUAGCCUGUAUUCCAGACGCCAAUCCCACAUUCAGCGGAUGGAUCGAAUGGCGGAGCGGUUUCGAGCCAGAUAGCUUGGUCAGUCUAGGUGAACCGACAUACACGCCAAACAAUAGCACACUGGUCCUGCCCAAAAUCGCCCGGAACCAGACUGGCUGGUACCGGUGCGCUGGCUACACCUUUUGGAAUCCCUGGUUAGACUGGACACCGACCUUGUCUGCAGCGAUUUCCGUAAUUGUUCAUUAUGGCCCCGACAUUACCAACAAAGACAGGGCUUGGAUUGGAGCGAACGAGGGCUACACGGCUGUCUUGGAAUGCAUCGUCGACGGGAAUCCCCUCCCUGUGGUAACAUGGUACGGUCCGACGAAUGAGGUGUUAACCAAUAAUACAGACAGGAGGAUGUCUGUGGGAAAUACCAUUACGGGGGAUGGGGUUGUUGGAUACAGCGUCAGCAGCCGUCUCGUCCUCCAUCCCGUAGUGACCUCUGUCGACUACGGAGUCUACAGGUGCGAGUCCCACAACAACAAUGGAAUGUCUGAACAGCUUCAAGUCCAGUUGAAAGAAACAGGUAAACCGUUGGCGCCGACCGACCUGGAAAUAAUAGUCGCCGAAACCACCGAGUCGGCAAUCGCACUGCGAUGGAUGCCAGGCUAUGACGGGGGCGAGACGCAGGAUUUCUACCUGCAAAUUAGUGGUGAUGUAGAAGGAGGGUUUAAGAACGUGCACGUUGGCCGUGGUCACUCUAGGGUAAUCAGUGGCCUGAGGCCGGACACGUCAUACGAGCUGUCGGUCUUCCCCCAAAACUCCAUCGGUCCAGGACAAGCUGCAGCCAUCGCGGCAAGAACGCUACCGGAUACGCCACAAAAUUUACAUAUCGUAGUCGAACAUAGCUACCAACAGUACUGGAUUCGUAUCUCCGGUAUACCAGACGAUGGCGACCCUGACACCUGUGUGCGUGUCCAGGGUUGGAUUUUGGAAGACGUGCACGACAUCAGUGGGCUCCAAUGCGUGCAGCACGACACUGUAGUCAACGUGUACAGCAUUCGGUCAUACGAGAGAAUCCAGUCUCGUUACUGUCGGGCAGACAGGUGUAGCAGGGCCACUUUGGCCCAAACAGGUUCCCUUGCCACCAUAUCGCCUACCGACGCGCCGUCAUCAGCCCCACGAGAUGACACCGUGAUCUUCGUUGCAGCCACAAUUGGCACGUUGGCAUUUCUGACUUUAGUCAUAGCUUGUUAUCAUUACUUUAAACGUGAUAGUCCCGUCGAGCACCAGGCUCAUACAACCGCUCCAUCCCCACACUUGCCACCAAUUGCCAGAACUGUUUCAGUUGUUCUGCCUAACACAAGGUCGUUUGUGUACAAUGAAAGUGCCAUCGAAUUUCCACCAGACUACGAAGAUGCAUUAGAAAUAGAAGAGAACGAUGGGGAUACUGAGCUGGACCCACCUCCGACGUACGAAGAGCAAGAAGAUGAUUUUGAGGCGGUCACUAUAGUAGGACUAGGAGAAGGAAAAGGAGGAGGAGUGGAGGAGGAUGGAGAGUCUCAAGAACAGGAUGACGAUGAGUGACAAGAGACGAUCACAUUUCAUUUUUCUACUGAUUCAUGUUUUUUAAAUGAUAAAUGUGGGAAGCGGGUGUGUGCCAUUUGCACUGUGUUUUUUACUUCAAUUUUUUUUUCAAAAUACGUUUUGGGAAAGUUCAUAUCUGUUUGCAAUUCAGUGUAUCCCGAGCUGCAAGCUUUGCGCUUCUAGUAUUUCACAAAUGCAAAAGAAUUAUUCAGUGAAUACAUCGUGGGCUUUAAAAUUCACAAUAAACCUUUACUCCUAAUUUUGGCAGUGUUGUAACAAAAUUGCUAUAUUUAUCUAUAUAUUUUAUUUCCAUCAAUUCAAGGGAAAGCACGUAGAUUAAAAUGCAAAAUAAAUAUAAUAUGCAAGUACGCUUGCUUAACGUGACAAUAAUAAACGACUGUAAGCAAUAAUUUCUGUGAAAGCAAUAUUGUUACUGUAUUAAGUACAUUCAAAACAAUUAUUUCAAAUAAUUAGAUUUAACAAACCUAAGCGUGACAAAAGCAAAAGUAGAACAGCAGACAAAGUUACACAAAAAUCAUUCACGAUGAUAACAGCUUGAAUGUUAUCAGAACCAUUGCGAAAAAAAUGAGCUAAUAUUUAAUGAAGAAAAACUAAAAUGGGAUAGAAAAAGUUUCAAAUUUGGGGCAUGAUACGAGUGAAAACGGUGGGGGAAAUUAACACUGUAUUUUAUUGUGACAUAAUUGGACCUCAUUCCAUGUCUAACUCAGCUCGCGCAGUGUCCGUAGCGCUAUGAGACUUUUUUUCACAGUCACCAAUUUACACAACCCCCAGAAUCGCAUGAUAGUGGCGUCGGAAAUAGGGUGCCCCAUUAUUCGAAAGUCAUGAAUGGUUACAUUAUCUUUUGGGACAUUCAGCGUGUAUUUACACAAUUGUGAUGGUGACUUUUAUGUUAUCAUGAUGUCCCCAAUUAAAAACAAAAAAUGCUUAGUUGUAAAGUUGCAAGGUUUUGAGGCUGUUGAAAAGAAAUCAGAGAAGUAUUUGUUCUGGCUUUUUUUUUAAGGUUGACCAUAAGGGUACAGUCAUUCAAAGUUAUACAAUUUGCAAAUUUCACGUCUGUUUUUUAUCCAUGUAUAAAUUUGGUAACGUAUUUUGAUUUGUAUAUUUUUGAACAAAAUAUAGAAUACGUCAGUCUCAUGAUUGUCU